AUGUGCGGAUUAGGUGCUAAAAAUGGGGACAAAAAGGGACCCAAACGAGGGGGAAACAGAGCUGCUGGUUUUAUUUAUGUGACUGAAGGACUGGAAAAUAUGGCGUUUGUGGCGUUGGCCUUGAGCUUGAUGACAUAUUUCAAUGGGUAUAUGAACUUCAGCUUGACAAAAUCGGCUACCACUUUGACCAACUUCAUGGGAACUACGUUCCUUCUCACGCUCGUCGGCGGCUUUGUCUCCGACACGUAUCUCUCCCGAUUCAAAACCUGCGUCCUCUUCGCUUGCUUUGAGUUACUGGGAUAUUGUCUACUAACGGCACAGGCGCAUUUCCGGGAGCUAAGGCCAGAGCCGUGCAAAGGGGCGGCGGCGGGGAGUGAGUGCAAGGCGGCGAACGGCGGGCAGGAGGCGAUUCUGUACGUGGGAAUUUACCUGAUAGCGCUGGGAGCGAGUGGGGUAAAAGUGGCGCUGCCGGCGUUGGGAGCGGAUCAGUUCGAGGAGGGAGAUCCGGCGGAGGCGGGGAAACUGUCGAGCUUUUUCAACUGGUUCUUGUUCAGCCUGACCACAGGGUCGACCGUGGGGUUGACAUUGAUAGUGUGGAUAAACACGGAGGUGGGCUGGGACUGGGCGUUUGUGGUGUGCACCGCCGCCGUUCUCGCCGCCAUUCUUGUUGUGUGCGCCGGCAAGUCCUUCUUUCGCAAUAAUGUGCCUAAAGGAAGCCCCAUUCUUAGAAUUCUACAGGUCAUUGUAGCUUCAAUCCGUAACAGGAAACUUCCACUUCCAAAUAAUGCUGAUGAACUACAUGAGAUUCGUGACAAAGAAGCAGAUAUCCCAAUUGAAAUCCUUGAGAAAACCGAUCAAUUCAGAUUCUUAGAACGAGCAGCAAUUAUAAGGAAUGAUACAAGAACACCAUGGAGACUCUGCACAGUGACACAGGUUGAAGAGACAAAGAUCCUAAUUCGAAUGCUCCCGAUCAUAGUCAGCACCAUUUUCAUGGCUAGCUGCAUGGCUCAACUCCAGACAUUCUCCAUUCAACAAAGCUUAACUAUGGACUCCAAUUUCAUAGGAUUCAAAAUUCCCGGCCCCUCCGUCCCCGUUAUCCCCUUGCUCUUCAUGUUCUUCUUCAUCCCAUUUUACGAGCGAGUUUUUGUUCCUCUGGCCCGUAAAAUCACUGGAAUUCCCACGGGAAUUCGCCACCUCCAAAGGAUUGGUUUCGGACUGAUACUCACUGCAGCAUCCAUGGCCAUUGCUGGGUUCGUGGAGACCCGACGCAAGAACGUCGCGAUUCAACACAACAUGGUGGAUAGUGAGGAGCCUCUACCAAUGAGUGUGUUUUGGUUGUCAUUUCAGUUCUGUGUAUUUGGAAUGGCUGAUAUAUUCACUAUGGUAGGACUGCUGGAAUUCUUUUACGCCGAGAGCUCGGCAGAGAUGAAGUCGUUGAGCACAGCCAUCGCUUGGUGCUCGAUCGCUUUUGGUUACUUCACGAGUACGGUGGUGGUGGAGGUGGUGAACAAGGCGAGCGGAGGGUGGUUGGCGAGCAACAACCUCAACAGAGACAAUUUGAACUACUUCUACUGGUUACUGUCAGUGUUGAGUGUGGUGAAUUUUGGGUUUUAUUUGGUUUGUGCUUCUUGGUAUAGGUAUAAGAAUGUGGAGGUCCUACAGAAACAAGGUGAAGAAGGGUUUGACAUAGUGCAGGGGCCCUAA